CCAAAAUCUAACGUUAUUGUCGCUAUGUUUGUGCGAAAUUUGACCUGAGAAAGAGAUCAUGGGUGUGCAAGCUAGUCGCAGCACGAUCGUAUCACAGUGUUGAUGAUUCUGCGGCAGAUUUGGGGUAAUUGAAUGGCAACUCCUUUCGACGCAUGCACGCAACCUUCACUAGAUCAUCAGCAUGGUCCCUCUUCCUCUGUUCAAGUUUGCUGCUCUCUUCGUGAGGCACGUAUCCAAAUAUGGCGCUAAUUGGAUCAAGGUGCAAGCUCAUGACCAUCCAAAAUUUCGAGCAGUCGCGGCAAGAUAUGGACAAACUAUGCAUCAGAUCAAUAUGCGAAUGGCGGUUACAUUACUUCGAGAUGCUGCAGCCGAAAAGAGAGCCAGGGAGAAGGCCGAGGCCCCUACCGUGAAGACUGAGGAGCAGAUGCGCCAUGAUGAGGCGAUGAAAGAGAAGAAUGCAGCAAAGGAGAAGGCAGAGAAAAAGGAAGCUUCGAAAAGCAUUUGGAGACGAAGAUUCCGGCCUCUACCAGAAAAUAAAGCUGUUGAUCUCUUCGCUGACGUUAUCGGGGACUCCUUCAUUCUUCUCAUUGCCAGCGGGCUCAUUUUAUACGAAUACAUAAGGGCAAAGGGGAAACCGGACGUCAAUGCUGAGAAGAUAGCAGAGCUGAGCGAGAAGUUGAAGGAGUUGGAUCAGCGGGAGAUCGAAUUGGAAGAGGCCGAGAGGGCACGCCAGAAGAGGGUGGAGACCCUGGAGCAAGCACUCGAGGAGAUGCGAAAAGCUAGUGGUAAGAAGAGGUCUUUGCCAUGUGCAUCAUAGGGAUUGGCUAUGCGCAGGCAGGAAGUCACCCAUUCGAGAGGGCGGCCUUGGCUCUGUCCCAGAGACUAGAGAUGAGAAGAAUUGUUUUCAGUGAGGAGAGUCUCUUUGUAAGAUCAGUGGAUUUGAACACGGCUCAUAAGUCACGAAGUUGCGAAUUGCUCAGUUAGAGGGAGGGGGACUUCGCUUCUCGAAAAGAAACUAGCGCUGUAACUCUACUCUAAAUCUGUACAUUCUACUCUGCAAACAAUCUAAACUCAAACACUCAAAUUUCCUUGUGGAAGAAGCCUGGCUUUCACAGCCUCCCAUUCGAGUGCUGUUCGAAGACUUGAUAAGGCAGUCGCCUUCUCUCGACGAGGCUUUCGAGACUUUUGCCAGUCUUCAAAUCUGAACAAUCAUGUUCUGCUCUUCUCUAAGAAAGCGGCCUGAAUGGAGCGCUCUUCCAACUACGCUUCUCUCCUCAGAGCAGCCAAAAUGGCAAG